UGAACAACUCCAAAUACUGCUAAACAAAACAAACAGUUUCUGUGAAAAAUAUGGACUAAAAAUGAAUGGGAUAGAAAGGGUUGAUAAAUACAAAUACCUAGAAACCUCGAUUUCAGACAAUAAUGAUCUAACAACCGAAAUAAGAGCCAGGAUAGAAAUAGCAAAAAAUGCGUUGGUAAAAAUGAAAACAAUUCUCUGCAACAAAGACCUUAAAUUAGAACUGAGAGUAAGAGCACUGAGAUGCUACGUGUUUUCGAUAUUGCAAUGUGGUCUUGAAAGCUGGACAUUGAAGCAAGAACACAUAAAUAAGUUACAGUCCUUUGAAAUGUGGUGUUACAGGAGGAUGCUUAGAAUAGCAUGGACACAGAAGAAAGCUAACACGAAAGUAUUGCGAGAAAUGGGCAAAGAAUGCGACAUAAUAAACACAAUAAAAAUUAGAAAGUUACAAUAUCUGGGACACGUAAUGAGGGGACAGCGAUAUGAACUGCUACGCCUGAUAAUAAAGGGAAAGAUAAAAGAAGGAAGGAGUAUAGGAAAAAGAAGAGUGUCAUGGUUAAAGAAUUUAAGGGACUGGUUUAAAUGUAGUUCUGUAGAACUCUUUAGAGCAGAAGUAGAUAGAGUAAAGAUGGUGAUGAUGAUAUCCAACUUCCGAUUGAGAGAUGACACUUAA